GCUGAAAAAGGCCCAAGACCAAGAGCCGUAAUUGUCAACAGUUUGUAGCUGCAGUUUUCCCCCAGCCUCGGUUUUAGGUUUUAGAUUUUAGUUCAGCUCAUCGGGCGGGCCAGUCGAUCGCGGCAGUCGAGUGCGUCCGGCUGCAAAGUUGGAUGACUUCGCCGCUCCAAUGACUUUGCAUCAUCACUUGAGAAUCAUUCUCAGCCUCUGGCUCUGGCUGUUGGGAUUUGCGGUGUUGGUGGUUUUGGGACAGGAUGACAAUGGCAACUCCGUGUUCGAUAUGCUGGAGAUGUUGCGGCGCGGUCAGGAGCAAUUGGAUCUAGAGAACCUGGACGAGGGACAACCGCUGUCGGCCAAGUACGAUUUCAUAGUGGUGGGAGCUGGCACGGCGGGUUGUGCCCUGGCUGCUCGCCUCUCGGAGAAUCCCAAGUGGCGCAUACUCCUCCUGGAGGCCGGUGGUCCCGAGAACUAUGCCAUGGACAUACCCAUCGUGGCACACCUCCUGCAGUUGGGCGAAGUCAACUGGAAGUACAAGACGGAACCCUCGAACAGCUAUUGUCUGGCCAUGAACGGGAAUCGCUGCAAUUGGCCCAGGGGCAAGGUGAUGGGCGGCAGUUCGGUCCUCAACUACAUGAUGUACACGCGGGGCAAUCGCAAGGACUACGAUCGCUGGUCUCAGCUUGGCAAUCCCGGCUGGAGUUACGACGAGUUGAUGCCCUAUUUCAGGAAGUACGAGGGCAGCGUGGUGCCCGAUGCUGAGGACGCAUUUGUGGGACGUCGUGGCCCGGUGAAGAUUAGCUACACGGAGACACGCACCGAGAUCGCCGAUGCCUUUGUGCGAGCCUCCCAGGAAGCGGGUCUGCCACGUGGCGAUUACAAUGGAGCGAGGCAGCUGCGUGUUUCCUAUCUACAGGCCAAUAUAUAUAACGAAACCCGCUGGAGCUCCAAUCGGGCCUAUCUGUACCCCAUUAAGGGAAAACGCAGGAAUCUGCAGGUGCAGAAGAACGCCCUGGUCACCAAAGUGCUGAUUGAUGCGCAAAAGAAAGAGGCUUUUGGCAUUAUGGUGCAGAUAGAUGGCAAACUACAUAAGAUCCUGGCCAGAAAGGAGGUGAUCCUGUCGGCGGGGGCCAUCAAUACACCCCAAUUGCUGAUGCUCUCGGGCGUGGGCCCAGCCAAACAUCUGCGCGAGAUGGGCAUUGAGCCGCUGGCCGAUUUGGCCGUGGGCUAUAACCUCCAGGAUCACAUUGGCCCGGCCGUGAGUGUCCUGUGCAACGUGAGCUCCCUGCAAAUCGGUGAGAUGUUCAAGGUGGAGGUCAUGUCCGAAUUUCUCAAGGGACGAGGCGUACUCCGCAUUCCCGGCGGUGUGGAGGCCAUAUCCUUUUACGCCCUGGACGAUCCUCGCAAUCCCGAUGGCUGGGCCGACAUGGAGCUGUUUGUGGUGGCUGGUGGUAUGCAAACGAACUUGGCCCUACGUCUGGCAUUGGGCAUCCGAUCGGAUAUAUAUGAGAAUAUGUUCGGAGAACUAGAACGGCGGAGUGCCAACGGCUUCAUGAUAUUCCCCAUGAUCCUGCGGGCCAAAAGUCGCGGUCGCAUCAAACUAAAGAGCCGAAAUCCCACCGAGCAUCCACGAAUUUACCCCAACUACUUUUCAGAUCCGUAUGAUUUGAACAUCACGGUGCGUGGAAUCGAACAGGCAGUGAGGUUACUGGACAAGCCAGCGUUUAAGGCGAUUGGAGCAAAACUGCUGGAGAAACGCUUGCCCAAUUGCGCGAAACACAAGUGGAAGAGCAGCGCCUACUGGGCGUGCUAUGCCCGUCACUUCACCUUCACCAUUUACCACUACUCGGGCACGGCCAAGAUGGGUCCUCGGCAGGAUCCCUCGGCGGUGGUCGAUGCCCGCCUCAGGGUCCACGGAAUUGAAAAGCUCCGGGUUGUGGAUGCCAGCAUUAUGCCCCAUUUGAUCUCGGGUCAUCCCAACGGACCGGUCUACCUUAUAGCAGAAAAGGCCGCCGAUAUGAUCAAGGAGGAUCAUAACUUUCUCUAACAAUGAUAAAAAAAAAAAAGCAAAAUAACGUAGUAAAUCCGAGUAUUUAAUAAUGAAUUUAAUUAAACAACAAGGAACCAUUUAAAAUCCAAUACUUCCCACAUUAGGUAAAAUAUUUUG